UCAUCACUCCCCAGCAUCCAUUUUGGUCAGAAAUGUGUAAGCUUCGAAGUUGAAAAUCGAGAAUUUCAGAAAUCUCCAAGGCGGAGAUGGAUCAUAUCUGUUAGUAUCAUGCGAGUGGACUUGAAAGGGGAACGAUAUGAAGAAGGAAUAAGGCCCUUUGGCUAUGAAAACUGUUACAUCAUCUUCAUUGUCGUUGAUUUCCCAGCCAUGCGCCGGAAGUAGCCCCUGCUAUUACAGUGCUUCAUAUUCUUCCUCUUUUACAGCCGCCGCUGCUACUUCUCCUUACAGGACCAUUGUCGCCAAAAGCAAGAAGCACCAUGAGGCUUCUAAGGUUUCCGAGUCAUCUCCUCCAAGAAUUACAUCAAACGUGAAGCAAAACCUGCAAUUCCUCAGGUUAUGGAAGGAGUUCCAAAAAAGAAAGUCUGGUACCCCCAGGCCUUCAACCAGUUAUCGCAAAAAGAAGAUAGAGAAGGAGGAUGUUCCAGAAGAUACAGAUCUCUACCGUGAUCCCACCCUUAACCUCUACUAUACAAACCAGGGCAUAGACGAUGCAGUCCCUGUAUUGCUUGUUGAUGGCUAUAAUGUGUGUGGCUAUUGGAUGAAACUGAAGAAACAUUUUAUGAAAGGAAGACUUGAUAUUGCUCGCCAAAAGCUUAUUGAUGAGCUUGUGACUUUUAGCAUGCUGAGAGAGGUGAAAGUGGUUGUUGUUUUUGAUGCAAUGUUGUCUGGACUACCUACGCACAAGGAAAAUUUUGCUGGUGUGGAUGUGGUUUUCUCUGCUGAAACAUGUGCUGAUACGUGGAUUGAGACAGAGGUUGCAGCAUUGAAAGAGGACGGAUGCCCCAAAGUGUGGGUUGUUUCUUCUGAUCAUUGUCACCAACAGGCUGCACAUGGAGCAGGAGCCUGUGUUUGGAGUUGCAAAGCAUUGGUUACUGAGAUCAAGGCAUCACAAAAGGAGGUUGAAAUGAUGCUCAAAGAAACAAGAUCCACUUCUUUUCAAGGUAGACUGUUGAAGCACAAUCUUGAUGCAGAAGUGGUGGAUGCGUUGAAGGACCUCAGGCAAAAGCUAUCUCAAGAUCAGCCCAAGUAGCUAUUCAGGUCAUUCUUGCCCUUAAACUAUUCUCACGGGAAUACUGGCUAUCCUAAACUAUUGAGUUUUGCAAUGUUAUCUUUGAACUUAAGGAUAGCCGGAGCUCCUGUGGAAGUAGUUUAAGCAAAGUGCCCUUUACUUCUUCUAUUUAUAGGGUUAUCGAGGUGGCAAGUUGGAAUCUGACAUUUUGCUGGGAUCAUGGCCUGAGAUAAUGAUGGGAAAGCAACUUUAAGAGAAGAGUAAAGUAAUUUAGUUUUUACAUUGCCAGGCUUAAAGCUUUGUUGUUGUGCAAUUCAUGUAGCCAACUACACCUAAAGAGAUGAGGCUUUGUUGUUGUCAUUUCAUUGCUAGGCGUAUUCAGCUUUAAUUAAAAAAGAAAAAAACUAAAUGCACAAGUCAGUUUUCCAAAAAAAAAAAAAAGGCAUUCAUAAUGCAUUAAUAUGUAAUUCGUAUACCAAAUUCAUGAUUUAUUAGUUAUGGAGGAAGGUUAUGAUUAAUGACACAUGAAAAAGUGAAGUCCAUGGCA